GCUAGUGAUGGGACAGGUCAUCUUGAAGCCUAUCACACUUUGGGCAAAGUUUUAAAGGAACAUGCUUGGUUUUGUACAUCCGGAUAUGAAGAGCUGAUUGAUUUAUUACUUGGCCUGAAAUCUCCAGCUGAUGUUGCAACUCUUAUGCGCCGUUUAGCAUGUUUUCAUAUUCUUCUGGUUCAUACAUUGAAGGAAAGCUUGGAAGAAGAGAAUACAAAAGCUUUUCUUAUCCUCAAUGAGAUUAUACUCACACUAAAAGAUGCGAAGGAAGAACUCAGAAAAGCAGCUUAUGAUGUUCUCCUUUCAAUAAGUUCCAGCUUGAGAGAGACAUCUAAUGUCAGUUCUGAUGCAUCAUAUCACAAACUGGUUAACAUGAUCAUGGGUUAUCUUUCUGGUUCAUCUCCUCACAUAAAAAGUGGAGCGGUGUCUGCAUUAUCUGUGCUGGUAUAUAAUGAUCCAGACAUCUGUCUUUCAAUGCCUGAUUUUGUUUCCUCUCUUUUAUCCUUGCUUCAGAGCAAAGCUGUGGAAGUUAUAAAAGCUGUUUUAGGCUUUGUGAAAGUAAUUGUGUCUUGCUUACAAGCGAAAGACAUCCGGAAUUUCCUUGGUGAUGUCAUUAAAUGAGUUCUGCCAUGGUCUUCUGUUUCUAGAAAUCAUUUCAGAUCAAAGGUCACUGUCAUUUUGGAGAUUAUGAUAAGGAAGUGUGGUUUUGCUGCUGUUGAAUCCAUUACUCCUGAAAAAUAUACGAGGUUUGUGAAGACUGUUUUGGAGAACCGCCAUAGCAAAUCGAGUACCAAUGAAGUUGACACUGGUCCAGAGACAGUGACCACGGAUUCACCUGCCAAAGGGCCACAAAAUAGGAAGCGCAAGGACAUGGGUACUCAGACUGCAGAAAGUGGUUCAAUAGAAUAUAGAAAGAGAAAGAGAGAGCAUAAACACAUUUCUACUGGUGCCAGUGGCUUCAAAUCAGCUAAGAGAGAGAGGAAUUUUAAUCAUGAAAAGCCAGUGAAAGAUCAAUCAACAGGAGGUUGGAAAAACAAUAAGAGUUUUAAUAAAGGGCCCAUGGGUAAUCGUAUGAGAAAGAUGGAGCCGAAAAUGAAGGGCAGAAAAAAUGAAGCAGCAGUCCGUAGACCUGCUUCUGCUUCCAAAUAUAGCAAAAACAACAAAUUUGGAAGGAAAUGACAGAAAUAAACUGAUUUGAGUGGGAUCUCCAUGAAGUGAGCACAGAGAGUUGCUUGUGCUGAGCCUGACAAGAAUUUGGCGUAAGCUCUUCAUGAAAGAACAGCUAUAACAAUAAGAGUGGUGAUAUUUGACAGAAUGAUGGGAUGUUAUUCUGCCCUCCUUCCCUACCUUUCCGUUGUGGAUUUCUUGCGGCAAAAGGAAAUCAUGGCCGGAUAGUCAGAAUUUUUGGAUUUCAUGGAGGACGAUGGCCUCUUGUUGUUUCAGGUCUUCGUAGGCUGUAGGAGAAGGUAAAUUCUGUUCGAGCUUAAAUACUCAUACUAGUCAAUCAGGAAUAGCUGGAAAAAUGUAUACCAAUUUUUUUUUUUUUUUUUUUUUUUUUUU